CAACAAUUGGAAAGCAUGGUUUGCGCUGUAUUGUUCCUGUUCUUUUGAAUCGUUUGUAAAAGUUUUCUUCUCAUUUAAAACCUUUAAUUAACGUACAUACAAAAUGGUCAAAAAAACGUCUCGUUAUUUCACCGAGAAAGAAGCAAGCAAUGCGUCAGAGGAACACCAGGAUACUUCACUCCCGAAGGUUGAAAUAAAACAGGACAUAGAAUCGGAACAGAAAGGGAAACAUCCGGCAACCAGAAAAGGAAAACGUGACAAAAAUGCCUACCAAAAUGCACCCAUUAGACAGAAACAUCAAAAAGCACUUCAAAUUCCCAUUGAUCCGGCCGCUUUAUUGCGUCAUUCGCGGGGCGAAUCUAUGAAUAUAGCCGGUGUGAAAUCAAAAUUGCAUAAAAUCAAUGAAAAGCGUAAGGACAUUAAUAUUGAGUACGCUGCACAGCAAGCUGCUCGGGCGGAAAUUUUACUGCACGAAGAGGAAGGUUAUCUUGAAGCGGAUGAAGGCGAAAGCACAACCAACAUCACGCAAAAGGAAAUAGUGGACAAUGUGGACAUAACAACAGCAACGAAACACUUCAACUUAGCUCUUGACUUUGGUCCGUAUCGCGCACGUUAUACGAAGAACGGUAAGUUCUUGCUGCUGGGCGGGAAACUGGUCGUACUGGCCGUGUUGGCUUGUUCGGCGGAGGAAAAGAAGGAGAAGGACAAGGAUAUUGGUACGGUGGUCGGUAUUGAUCUCGGCACGACGUACUCGUGCGUCGGUGUGUACAAAAAUGGACGCGUAGAAAUUAUUGCCAACGAUCAGGGUAACCGUAUUACUCCGUCCUACGUGGCAUUUACCGCCGACGGUGAACGUCUGAUUGGUGAUGCCGCCAAGAAUCAGCUGACGACGAACCCCGAAAAUACUGUGUUCGAUGCGAAACGUUUGAUCGGGCGCGAGUUCACCGACCAUACGGUGCAACACGACAUUAAGCUGCUUCCAUUCAAGGUGAUUGAGAAGAAUUCGAAACCACACAUCAAGGUAUCGACCGGCCAGGGUGAUAAGGUGUUCGCGCCGGAAGAAAUCUCCGCCAUGGUGCUGGGCAAGAUGAAGGAAACGGCCGAAGCCUAUCUGGGCAAGAAGGUUACGCACGCGGUCGUCACGGUGCCGGCCUACUUUAACGAUGCGCAGCGUCAGGCUACGAAGGAUGCGGGAACGAUCGCUGGACUGGUGGUGAUGCGUAUCAUCAACGAACCGACGGCGGCCGCCAUUGCGUACGGGUUGGACAAGAAGGAUGGUGAAAAGAACGUGCUGGUGUUCGAUCUUGGCGGUGGUACCUUCGAUGUGUCGCUGUUGACCAUUGACAACGGUGUGUUUGAGGUAGUGGCCACGAACGGUGACACCCAUCUGGGCGGUGAAGAUUUCGAUCAGCGCGUGAUGGAUCACUUCAUCAAGAUGUACAAGAAGAAGAAGGGCAAGGAUAUUCGCAAGGACAAUCGCGCAGUUCAGAAGCUGCGUCGCGAGGUGGAGAAGGCGAAGCGUGCCCUUUCGGCUAGCCACCAGGUUCGCAUUGAAAUUGAAUCGUUCUUCGAGGGUGAUGAUUUCAGCGAAACGCUUACCCGGGCGAAGUUUGAGGAGCUGAACAUGGAUCUGUUCCGGUCGACGAUGAAGCCCGUGCACAAGGUGCUGGAAGAUGCGGACAUGACGAAGAAUGAUGUCGAUGAGAUUGUGCUGGUCGGUGGAUCGACUCGUAUCCCGAAGGUGCAACAGCUGGUGAAAGAAUUCUUCAAUGGCAAGGAACCAUCCCGUGGUAUUAAUCCCGAUGAGGCUGUCGCAUACGGUGCCGCUGUACAGGCCGGUGUGCUUUCGGGCGAACAGGAUACCGAUGCGAUUGUGCUGCUGGACGUCAACCCACUGACCAUGGGAAUUGAGACGGUGGGAGGUGUGAUGACGAAGCUGAUCCCGCGCAACACUGUCAUCCCGACGAAGAAGUCACAGAUCUUCUCGACUGCCUCGGACAAUCAACACACCGUCACGAUCCAGGUGUACGAGGGUGAGCGUCCAAUGACGAAGGAUAACCAUCUGUUGGGUAAAUUCGAUCUGACCGGCAUUCCACCGGCACCGCGUGGUAUCCCACAGAUUGAAGUGUCGUUCGAAAUCGAUGCCAACGGUAUUCUGCAAGUGUCGGCCGAGGAUAAGGGUACUGGCAACCGGGAAAAGAUCGUAAUCACCAAUGACCAGAACCGGUUGACCCCCGAUGAUAUUGACCGCAUGAUUAAGGAUGCGGAACGGUUUGCCGAUGAUGAUAAGAAGCUGAAGGAACGUGUCGAGGCACGGAACGAGCUGGAAAGCUAUGCAUACAGCCUGAAGAAUCAGCUUAGCUCGAAGGAUAAGCUCGGUGCAAGCGUGUCGGACGACGAUAAGGCUAAGAUGGAGGAAGCGAUCGACGAGAAGAUCAAGUGGCUGGACGAAAACCAGGAUACGGAGGCAGAAGAGUACAAGAAACAGAAGAAGGAGCUGGAAGACAUUGUGCAGCCAAUCAUUGCCAAGCUGUACGCCAGUACUGGCGGUGCCCCACCACCGACGGCCGGUGGUGAAGAUGACGAUGAGCUGAAGGAUGAGCUGUAAGUGAAAGAUGCUUUUGCCGACCCCGAAGAAAAGGCGCGAUCCUUCCAUAACGACAAAGCAAUUGCAUUUGCCGUAAAAAUGCACAUUUAAAAUCGUCGUUCACACACACUCUCAUUGUUCUGUUUUGUGAUGAUUUUAUCAUGUGGGGGCGCUAUUUGGAACACUUGCUGUGAUGUGGGCAUCAUUCAACAAUGUUUCUAUCCAUCUCUCGGGGGAGAAUUCAUUUCCACAUCUCAAGCAGUCAACUUCAUCGCAAACUUUAUCGAUAGUGAUAUAUGGGGGGAGCGUGCUGGAAGUUAUUGGCGCCUUUUAUCCCGGACGCAAUGCGCUCCAUAUGGAAAGAUCGUUGGAGCAGCACAUUUUCCGAGUCUCAUCUUAUUUUCUAGAUGAGUGAUACUCACCCAACAACAAAACACGCAUUACAAACACAAACAGAAGAAAAUGGAGAUUCGUAUUAGUGUGGAACAAGUUUUCAUAACAAGAAAUUUAACAGAGCGAUAAAACAAGAGCAGUACACACACACACACACGGUAGAAUUACGCAGGGGUGUUUUUUUGUUUUCUCUUAAAGUAAUAGUUGCAAGCUUUCGUUUGUUUGUAAUUGUUUAACAAAUAAUAUUAUGUCCGAGCAACAACAACAGCGGUGGGUAGGUGUGUAGAGUAGAUGUAUGUAGGCAUGAGUCGUUCGCAGUUUUUGUUUUUUAUUUAUUGAGCAAGAGAAGUGCAGAAAUCCUAAAGAUAAUACUUACACAAGGCAGAAAACCAGAAAAUAGCGCGCAACUAGUAAAGAAAAGUAGCAAAAAUAGGUCCUGGAGGCCCCAGAAGGGAAGGUGUUCAAGAUAUACAGCAAGGUAUUCACAAGGAUAUGCCCGGGGCACUUUGCUGCAUGUCCUUUCAACCUUCCACACCGACACAGACAGCGCGGAUCGUGUUUCUUAUUACGUUAGUUCCAUUAAUGUGCUGUGUUAUGCACGGUGCAGUAAUAGGUAGAAUAUGAAGACGGGGGUGCUGAUAGUGUGAAGCUUCUUCCUUCACUAUUAACUUCACAGCACCAUCCUAAUUCAUGCGUCCCUCAACCAGAGCGAGAAAUGAUGCAAACGAAAGCAAAACCUUGAUAAUAUGCUUAAAUCCGAUCUGUAAAGCCUUGAAGAAGUUUUACCUCAAGAAGUUGAUCUUUGACUCGCUUGUUUUUGUGUUAUUUUUACCAUUCCUGAGAGACUUCUGUUAAUGUUGUGUUAAUCAACGAUGUAAAGCACGUUCUCUACUGCCCAGACAGUGAGAAACAGGGAAACCCCCUCCGGAACAAACUCUACAGAUAAACGAAAACCUUAGGUAAACACAUGUGCGAUUUCAAGAUCCUUUAGUUUCCAUGUAAAACCUUGUACACCCUAAGUGCUACAAUUCCGUUUCAGUUCGUUUCAUUGUUUCUCGUCCAUCGACUGAACCUAAUGUAA